AUGGCGGGCUUCUGCGGCUACGGGAAGAUGGGCCUCGGGGCUCCCAGGUCCUCGGCCGUGCCGGUGUCGAAGUCCGCCUCCUGGUGCGUGACGGAGAAGGUGCACGGGGCAAACUUCUCCGUGCACGUGGACCGCGCGGGCCGCCUCCGGUGCGCGAAGCGGACCGGCUUCCUGGCGGAGCACGAGGACUUCUUCGGGCACUUCGCGGUGCUCCGCCGCCGGAGGGCGGGGCUGGUCGCGCUCGCGGAGGAGCUGAUGGCCGCCGACGCGGCGGUGGAGUCAGCGGUGCUGGUAAUCUUCGGCGAGCUCUUCGGGGGCCGUUACCCGCACGCCACCGUUGCGCCAGACGACUCCGCGCGUCCCGUGCAGACGGGCAUAUGGUACUGCCCGCACGUCGAGUUCAUCCUCUUCGACGCGGCAGUCGUGGGCGGGGGAGAGGGUGGAUUGUUCGAAUCCUACAGCCGUGUGGCAGGCUUGGCCGAGAAGCACGGCCUGCUGUACGCGAAGCCGCUGCUCGUGGGGCCGCGAGGCUUGUGCGCUAACUACGGCCCUCGAUUCGCUACCACGUUGCCAGCAGCGUUUGGGCUGCCAGUGAUCGAGGCAAAUACUGCAGAGGGCAUCGUUGUUAAGCCGUGGGAUGUGCAGACACCCAUUUGUGAGCGACCCAUAUUCAAGCUCAAAGUGAAGGAGUUCAGCGAGGGGGAUGGCUGUCCCCCCCCUGCUGGCGACCCUGCCAUGCGGGACUUCAUCUUGUCUUUCGUGAACGACAACCGCGUUGCUGCAGCAGCGAGCAAAGUGGGCAGCCCCAGCGACCGAGAUCUCUGGAAUGAAAUUGUCGAGCUAGUCAUUGCAGACAUUGUGGAUGAGAUCGGCGAGGAUGAUCAGGAGUUCUUGCGUCUGCGCGACCAGGUGCAGUGCGAGGUCAUGGACCUCCUCGCCGCAUCAGCCGCACGUUUUGCCUGA